CAUGGAGCCGGCGGUGCGCGCGCUGCUGCUGGGGCUCGGCGAGGACGCGCGCCGGGAGGGGCUGNGGAGGACGCCCAAGCGCGUCGCCAAUGGCCGGUUCCGCGACGGCACCCGAGGUUACAUGCAAAAAGUAAGGGACAUUGUGCCUGUGGCUCUCUUUCCUGAGGUUGGUGUUGACAAGAGGACUGGUUCUGCUGGAGGAACUGGAGGGCAAGUUGUUGUUCGUGAUAUUGAUCUUUUCUCAUACUGUGAGUCAUGCUUACUUCCAUUCAGCAUACAAUUCCAUGUUGGCUAUGUGCCCUCUGGUGGAAGGGUUGUUGGGUUAAGCAAGCUUUCGAGAGUAGCUGAUGUCUUCGCCAAGAGGUUGCAGAAUCCUCAAAGACUGGCUAGUGAAGUUUGUGGUGCAUUGCAUGCUAGCAUACAACCUGCUGGUGUGGCUGUUGCUCUGCAAUGUUGGCACAUACCUUUGCCAGAAAACUUGAAAUGCAAGACUUUGCAAGGUUGGAUUAGCACUUCACAUUCAUCUCGCUCUGGAGUUUUUGAGGGUGAGAGCAGCUCUUUUUGGAAUGACUUCUCAGCCCUUCUUAAGCUUAGGGGCAUAGACAUGGAGAGGGACAGCCAUUCUGCCUCCAUAGCUUGGUGCCCUUUAAGGUCUCAUGAUGUCCCAGUCUGCAAUGGGCACUGCAAGAAGGCUACAACCAACGGUGCAAUUUCACCCAAAUCAGUACCAGCUCCCUCUAAUAUGGUUUCUGCUGUUAGCUCAAUGCUCUUAUCCCUUGGAGAGGAUCCCUUCAGGAAAGAACUUGUAGGUACUCCUCAGCGUUACGUGCAAUGGCUGAUGAAGUUCAGAGCAUGUAACCUAGAUGUGAAGCUGAAUGGCUUUACACUCAAUAAUUUGAGUGUAUACCAGAGUCCAGCUGGAGAUGCUGCUGACCAUCGAGCAAUCCAUUCUGAGCUGCAUUUGCCAUUUUGUGCGCAGUGCGAGCACCAUCUUCUGCCGUUCUAUGGAGUAGUGCAUAUUGGCUACCUUGACGGCGGAGAUGGUGAAGUGAUUGAUCGAUCUCAUUUUCAGGCCUUGGUUCAUUUUUAUGGAUGCAAGCUUCAGGUUCAAGAGAGAAUGACAAGGCAGAUAGCUGAAGCAGUUUAUUCUGUUUCGCAUUGUGGGGCCAUAGUUGUUGUAGAAGCUAACCACAUUUGCAUGAUAUCAAGGGGAAUAGAGAAAAUCAGGAGUAGCACUGCAACGAUUGCAGUUCUGGGUCAGUUUUUGACGGACCCUUCUGCCAAGGCACGCUUUCUGCAGAACGUAGUAGAUACAACUGGUUUGGCAGUAUGAAUCACUUAGAUCAUACAAACUAGAAUAUCAGCUAAGAAUACAUGAUUCAGAGAAGUACCGCAGCCACUUUAAUAUGGUUGAAAGUUGGUACCCAGUUCGGUGUGUUACCGGCAAACAUUGCCCAUUGGUUCGAGACCGGGGCUGGUGCCACGUCUCUCUGGAAGGAAAAUGUCCAUUUGCUUGGUGAGGGAAAAUUUUCGUCACAUGGAAGAUUAUAUUGAAGCUGUCACUGGAAGCACCAAAAGGGUUUGGUUUUCUCUGUGUUGUACCAUUUUUCAUUUGCACGGCACUUGAAAUCUAUACUGCACUAAUUGCAGAUGUGCCGAGAAAGAUAUAUACACAGAAGCAAUGUUUGUCACAUCAUUUUUCACUGUAGCAAAUUUUGAUGAGAUCAAUGGCUCCAGCUCCUGUGAAAUGAAUGUGAUUGUUCUCUUGAGUGUUGACC